CUGGGUUCCUUCCUAAUCAUGACUGACGCGCUGUCCCGCUGAGGGGUUCAGCUUGCUGUGCGGCCUGUUGUCGGGCUAUUAUUCACAGGACUCAGAGGUCAACUGACAUGGUGAACAAUGCACCAAUGAUUCAAUUCAUCAUGGAGCGCGACCUUGGCUCCUCCGUAGCAAAGCCUACACCGAGAUCUCGACCAAGUCUCGAACCAUGCUUGCCUGCUCGUCUGCCGUCUACAGCUUUCUUACAGCGUGAAGCUGAGCACGCUGCUCCCAAAGCCUUCUCGCGUCAGCUUCGUGAUAAUCGAACACCAACCUCCAGUCCCACGUCCGCCUUUCAGUCAGAAUCCGAAGAACAAGGUGGCCACACUCGGAGAACAAGCAUUUCUUCAUUGGCAUCACCUUCUUCGCCUUCAAGUUCCUUCGCAAAGUUUGUCACACCCUCGAAAACUUGGAAAGACCCUCAGCCAUUCGAGAUCUUUCGGGCCGUCGAACGCAAAGACAUCAUGUUCCUUAUGGAAGUCCGCGAUCGUGCAUUCCAACUCCUGCUGCACAAAACUGGUGACGCCACACCCCUUCUUCACGCAAUGCGGAUCGGCCAGUCACAUCGGGAUGUUGCCAUUCUUCUCUUAGGUGCAUUUUCAAGGUGGAUCAAUCACUUGGAGGAUAGUGAAAUGCAAUUGCCUAAGACCAGAGUUAUUCUCAAAGCUCUACGAAUCAACUUGAAGCUUGCAAUCGACUACGGACUACACAAGUCCCAGAGCGAUCUCAUUGCCUCGUUCCUUCAGACUCUUGUGAUGAGCGAAGGCGAUAAAUGGGUUAGGGCCCAGGUCCACACCGUUUCAAUCGCACUUCGAACAGGAAAUGCCGGUAAGCCCGUGAGUACCGCACAAGCAGCAGUACGCAAGUUUGCUACGAAAGAACUUAGUAAGGCUGAUGCAAUCGCGGCGCUUGAAGAUUACGUAGCGAACGCGACCGUCGAUCUCUUGCUAAUAAGUGCUUGGUCGAUGGCAUUAGAGUCCAUUGGCGGCGAACCGAUACCGCUUUAUUAUUUUGCGCGGGAUGACAGGGUUUUCAAGGCAUUCACAGAUCGACUGGAGUUACAUCAGAGUGCGCUACAUCGUAAUAUUAGUCGCAGGUUGAAGUGGCAGCUGCGACUGCUCAGGCAAGUACUUGAAGAUCGUAACAUAACGUAUCGGGCCAAGGUUGAAAUAUUGAUGCAUGAGUUGGAUGAGGGUGAUGGCAUCUGAUGUGUAUGUUUCCCUGUACCUAUAAUGAAGGCAGCUUUUCUUUUCACGCACUCAGGGUGGGACCACCUGUGUCCGCUUGCUCGUAGAAGGUGCCCUGCGGAUUCAAAAUCACAUCCGAAAUGGGGCGUAUUAUCGAGCAAAAAGUAA